AUCUGCUCAUAAGACUGACAAAUCAGUAUUUUUAUCACUUGCAGGAUUAUAUCUAUGGAUCAAUUAUUGAUGGUCGUCUAUUUCUGGACACUGUGGUUUUUGUUUUGUUGAAAUGAGCGGCUGUUAAAGAUCUGUCGCUCGAGUCACAGUUUCAAGUGAUGUUAUAAGCUCUGGAUCUGAGGCUAUAUCCAUCAGUCCCAGGACGGGGAAUAGGGAAUGAGUCAAUCUCAUAUCCACACAGCAAAUCAAAACGAAUUAAAUCCAGAUUUCAUCCUCCGCUUUGAGUGGAAAUAUGGACUGCAGCGGUGUUGCACUAGGUUUGGAUGUGGAUAAUAGUUUUGGACAGAUGAUUUGGCAGAACCUUCCAACCAUGGUCCAUCUGGAUCUCCUGUCCUCUAAAAGUUCUCCUCAGUUCCCGGAGAUGCUGCUAUCGCCUUUGUUCCAGGAUUCACAUUCCAAAGCCUUUCUGCUGUCAAGCCCAGAGCCACUACUCACCCUCCUUUCCUUGAACAGAAACUCACCGGGUACUCCUGCAGGUGCUCCGCAAAUGUGUUUCAUGCCCACACUUGAAGACAAUGGACAAGACGUGGUAGAGCCCAGUCACAACCUCACACGACAUGGUCGGUCUACUAGAGAUUGCCAGGUUGGCACCAAAUCACUUUCCUUAGAGCAAGCACCACAUUGCAGCAGGAAGAACAAUGCAUUAAACCAAACAUUGGUUAGCACUAUGGAGGAACUGAAGGAAGGGCUGAUGAUUCAGUCAUUGUGGCAUCUCUCCCAGCAUGUUUUGUUGGCAAAUCGAGCCAGUCAUUUACAACAGAGGGUUUUGGCGAUGCUUGGUGAACAUGCUUCUAGACACUAUAGCCACCAACUGGAUGGUUUGAAGAAGAAGCUUCUUGAAGCACGCCAUUCCCCCAAGUUGACAUCAGAGCCUCUUUUUGAGACUUUUAAUGCUGUAGAGAUGCAAGAGGUAGAGAAGGCUCUUAUAAGAAACCUCCAGUACCCUGAAGCACAUGGGCAACCUCUGAAAUCCAGAGAUUUACAGAAUUUAGCACACAAUGGUCGUGCUGUUCUGCAUGGAGUGCUGGAGGCUCUGGACUCAGAUGCCACCGUAAGCAGCUCAGAUGAGGAGUGGGACCACGAAGACGCCGAAGGGACCUCAGUGGAAUCACAUUGUCGUGUCUGUGAGUGGAGAUGGCUGAAGGACAGAGCUGAAUUCUGCAGUCGCUGGACAUGGCUGCAGAUGAGAGUGUCUGAACUGGACUCUCAGAUUCAGCAGCUUGGAAAACUCAGGCAACAGAUUCUUUCUAAUAAGGGUCAUGUGAUUUUGGCGGAGUCUCAGCCCCUGACGGACAGGCAGAUUCAACACACCUUGUGGACAGAGACUAUGGAUCUUUCAUUUACAGCUGGGAACAUGCAAGAUUUGCACUCUGAUCUAGAUAUGGAACCCAGCAGCCCUACACGUCUUUUGAGGAACAUCGAGAGACAGAGUGCCCAGCUGACUCAGAUUGUAAACAGCUUGAUGCCGUCUUUAUGUGCCUCUCCUUCCUCAUCACCUAUGUCUAAAGGACCCUGUAAUCGCUGGAGAGGUCAACAGAAAACAGCUUACAGUGGGAUGAAUCAUUCAGCCCAGCGAAAAAAAACUGAAAGCACUGAAGAAUUAGAAAGAAGGGAGAUGAAAGACCAAGUGACACACACGAGUGUCUUUGUUCCCAGUGGACCGCGGUGUUUGCACAAGGCCAGGCAGAAGAGGAAGCGAACAUGUCACAGACGACAGUACCUCCCUCAGGUGGACGUCAACUAUGUGUCAGCACGUACUCGACCCCUUCUGACCUAUCACAAGCCUAGACUUUUCGUCAUGGAUCCAUUGUCUCAUAGAGAACAGGUCCUGGAGUCGGCCCCUUCUCUUUGUCCCAAUUGUGCAUUCUGUGAUCCUGCAUCUGCGUACACAGAUCCUGCAUUUCUCCACAGAAAAGACAGAACAGAUGGCAAAGUGCAUCCUGUUCUAUCACUUUCCUCAGAAACUCCAUCAUCCUUCCAUCUGCAAAAUUCUCUCUUUGAGGAAAGUUUGCUUCCGCGAUCUCUCCUCCUGGAAACUGAGCGCACCAGUCCCCAUCACUGUCUUCGCUCCAGAGACAGAGUCUCCCGGUCUUUAUUCCAUUGCAGUCAUCAGCCAAAAAACGGGAGGCAUUUGAAGAGGCACAGAAGGGAGAGCACUCCUAUACGAUGGGCACGCACCCGAGACCCCCACAGUCAAGAUUACAGGGAAGGCAAGAGGAGGCGGCGCUGCUCUGAGAGGACAAUGGACAUCUCCAGUAUUACACCCAAGUCUGAUCUGGUCUCCCAGAGUGAUGACAGUCAGGUGGAGGAAUCUCCAGAGGAUGUGACCGUCUCUUACUGUACCCCCACACAACAGAGAAACUUACAGUUCUCAUCACGCAGGAGAAACUCUGAGAAUAUUUUCAGCAUUGAUGACAUUGUCGUUCCUAUGUCUCUGUUCGCAUCAGUGAAAGUGGAAAGACUUCAGUAUAAGAACAUUUUGACACCCAGUUGGCGAAAGGUGGAUAUUUUGCCUUUAUUGAAAAGAGAGGAGGAUAAGCAGGAGGAAGAGAUGCCAGAAGCAAUAGGAGACCAAGAUUUCUUUCAGAGGCACCAGAAUUAUGAGCGUAGAGAGAAACUCCGCUGGUCCUGCUGGGAUCAGGACAGAAGACACAGGAUCAGGUCAUCCAGGAAAAGCUGCUCUUCUGUAUCUGUGAGAGACCAUCCUGCUCACUGUCACCCGCCUGCACAUUCUCCUGUUCCCUUCACCUGGACCUUCAGUAUUUCUGAAGAUUCACCAGAAGCCAGUGUGGAUGAAAAAGAGCCAAUGCAACCAUGGAGGAGACGUACGUUCUCCCUGACUGAUGAAGAUGAGGACACUUUGAGACUUCCAGAGCACCAAAGUACAACAUCUGAGGUGGACCAGGAAAUGACAUCACACUGAGGCAGAAUCUCAGCCAUCAUGGUUGUACUCUGUGUCAUAACUUUUUAAAUGCUGAAAGAGUGAUUUUUACAACAAUGUUGUAACAGAUAUUUUUUUCAUUGUUUCCUCAGUCUCAUUGAGUAUUUUGUUAUAAAUUAUUUUUACAUUUUAAACAGUACACUGUAUCAUACUGUCUUUUCCACAGUAUAAUUUAUUAAAUGUCUUAAGCCAGCCCCUUAAAAGUAUCAUCUCUAACAAAAUAGGUUGCAUAAAUAAUGCAAUGCUUUAUUUAUUUCAAUAUAAGUACAGUGUAUUGCUUUGUGUUCACAUUUUUGAAAAAACAGAACAAAUGGUUUAUGAUUUUACUAUAAAUCUCAUCUUUUACUAUAAUUUAUCCAGUACUGUGGGAGAAGCACUGUGUUGGAAAGGUGUGUAAAUUUACCUCAUACUGCAUUAAAUUGAUUUAGACUGC